AGAAGGACGUGCACCCUACCUUGUCAAGAGCACGCGACCCCACACUCAAAAACCCUAAUUUCCAUGUAGACCAAGACCAUCAUCUUCUCAUUUCGAAAUAUUUUAUAUAUACAUAUCAUGUUGUGUGCAGAGAAAAAUGCAGAGAGAAAAGAAAGAGAUAUCUAACAUUAAACGAGAGAAAAGAACAAGAACCCACAGCUCCCCAAGGACUUAACACACCCAAAAUCAAGGCAAACACACACGCAUCCACGAAAACCCAUCGAUAUCUAAUAAUCGAACUCAGAUAUUCAUCUCUUCCCUUCGAAUCUUUGGCCUUUUACACCUCUUUCUUUACUCCUAGGUUUAAGUUUGAACAGUUGCUUUCAACUUGCUUUUCUUGCUUCUUUCUUUUGCUUUUUCUUAUGUAAAGGCAAUUAUCUUGAGCUUCACUUAAGAUCCAAAGGAGAGAACAGCCUUCCUACCUAGCUAUAUAUCGAGUUUCUUGUGGUAGGUUGGUGUUUGUUUACAGCCAUGGCGAACAGGUGGUGGGCCGGGCAGGUGGGUCUACCCGGAAUGGAUCACACAUCAACAAACUCAUCAUCUCCUAUGAAGAAACCAGAUCUAGGUAUUUCCAUGUCCAACAGCAAUAGAGAACCAACCGAAAGCGGCAGGAGAGAAGAGGAGCAAGAAGAAGAAAGAGAAAACAGCGAUGAGCCUAAAGAAGGAGCCAUAGACAUCGCCACGCGCCGUCCUAGGGGUCGCCCAGCAGGAUCCAAGAACAAACCUAAACCACCCAUUUUUGUUACCAGAGAUAGCCCUAAUGCUCUCAAAAGUCAUGUAAUGGAGAUAGCUAAUGGGUCUGAUGUAGCUGAGAGUUUAGCUUGCUUUGCAAGAAAGAGGCAAAGAGGUGUUUGUGUCCUCAGCGGAAGCGGUAUGGUUACUAAUGUAACCCUUAAGCAACCAUCUGCGCCAGGAGCAGUCAUGGCACUACAUGGAAGGUUUGAGAUUUUGUCACUGACCGGAGCUUUCUUACCGGGACCAGCGCCACCAGGAGCGACGGGAUUGACUAUAUAUUUAGCCGGAGGGCAAGGGCAAGUGGUGGGAGGUAGUGUGAUGGGACCAUUGGUGGCGUCAGGACCGGUUAUGCUGAUUGCAGCAACGUUUUCGAAUGCUACUUAUGAGAGGUUGCCGCUGGAGGAAGAAGAGGAGGAGGGUGGGGUUGGUAGAGGCCAAGGGCAGCUAGACGGUGGUAGUGGGGGAAUGGGGGAUCCGGCUGCUGCAUCAACGGCAGUGUUUAAUAAUUUACCUCCAAAUUUGCUGCCAAAUGGCGGACAAUUGAAUCUUGAGGGAUAUGGAUGGCCUCAUGGCAGGCCACCCUAUUAGAAGAAGAUUGAGGGAAGAGAAGGAUUCGUCUCAUCUUCUGGCCUAUGUUGGAAAUUAGUGAGAGAUAAUGAAUCAAGUUAGUGAUGAAUAAAAGAGACUCAAAGGUCUGUAUCUUGUAUAUUUUUCUUGGUAUGUGACUGUGGCCUUAAUUUCACUUGAA